AUGCCACUUCAAAAGUCAUAUUCAGAACGAAUUGGUUUAUCAAAGGUAAACAACCCCCUCCCCUCCUUCGGGGUUUUCUUCAAAAAUGGCUCACAAAAUUCCGGUAAAAUGCAACAGAGGUCACCAUGGCGACGAUCAAGAACACAUCCUGCCAAGAAUGAGCCAGACCCGAGACCGCUGGUGCCAGUGUCGGAGGUGACCAAGAACAAGCUCAGCAAGUUCCAGUACCAGAAGCGAGAAGCCGAGAACGAGGAGGAGGAGAACAAGAAGGCUGAGGGCGGAGCAGUAUCUGCGGAUGACCAACCCUCCAAGGGCAAUGGCAAAGAAGUCGCCGUGACUGCUACCCCGGCAAAUCGGCUGACGUGGAGGGACUUCAUGGCCCCAGCCACCUCGGUCGAGGAGGAUACAAACGUGUCGCCAAACGAGCGCAUCAUGUGGGACUCCAAACCUGACAAGCUCUAUGCCAACGCUUUCUCGCCCGUCAUGGCCCGAAAGGGAAGGAAGCGCGCAAGGAGCUCCUCGCCCAUCUCGUCGCCUGUAGGUGGCGGGGGCGUCACCAACAAAUCACCCGCGGUCAACGUUAAGAAGCUCGCCCAGGCCCUAAGGUCACCGCACACCGAUCCGACCCUCGAACUAUGGGACCGCUACUCGUUGAGCAAGGCCGGGGGCCAAGUCACACCCGUGGGACUCGACAACCCGGCCCUUGCGCAGCUAAUCAUAUCCUCGUCGCCGGGCCCGUCAAAGGAGACCACGACGGCGGACCACGAGAAUUAUCUACGCCGAGCCGUCAGCCAGGGACUGCACGGACCCAAGAGGAGAAAGAUUGAGAAAACAAGGUCGUUUACAGGAGCCAUUGACUCGCAGCGCGAGAUGGAGGCCGCCUCAAAAUCGUCGCUCGUCACCCACCUGCUCGACAGUGUCAACAGCAGCAUCCAGGAGCCCGGAACCCGAGACCCCAUCCCCCAAGCGGAUCCCGCGGAGCUUCUCACUGGCUCUCCGUCCCACAAAAAAAGGAUGAGGGAGAGCACAGCACCAUCUGUUCAACCCCAGGUUCCGAUAGAUGAGUUUUCCGACUUCGGCGAUGACGACUUUGACGACGACACCCUCUUGGAACUCGAGGCAAACAUCAAUGAGCCUAGUCAGGGAAAGGAGUCCAAAACUGAAGAGAACCCUAAGGGGAAGACAGCCGGGGACUCCUUUGACGGACUGGAUGACGAUGUGUUUGCAGAUGCAGACGCACUGGUGGCAGAGGCCCAGACAGAGAAAUCUCCCCGGGAACCCUCACCCAGGAAGGCCGCCCCCGGACCUAAUCGUAAGAUGCCCAUCCAGGCUGCGAUUAGCGCCCCUGGUGGAGACGACUUUGACGACGAGUUUGGAGACCUGGAUGACGACGAUAUCGAUUUCGAUGCCGUUGAACUGGCCGCAACGCAUGACCAAUGUCCUGGAAGGGGACUCGUGUCGUCGACCGUCAUUGCCGACUCGUUUAGCUGCAUGCGACGUGCAGUCCUGCAGGAGAGGGUCAAGGCUUCAAGCGACGCAACGCCGCCGCUCAUCUACGGGACUAUCCUUCACGAGAUCUUCCAAGAGGCCUUGCUGGCCAACAAAUGGAAUCGUCCUUUUCUCUCAAAGCUGAUUGUGAAGAUUACCGAGAAUCAUGUGGAAGACCUCUACAUGAUCAAGGUCAGCAUGGCCCUUGCUCGAGAACAUCUCGAGUCUAAAAUGGCCGAGCUCAGCCAUUGGGCGUCUGCCUUUGUAGCUUCCGAACCCAGACCGGACGGCAUUGUCGAAGACCGCGGUGGCAAGAAGGGCAACAUUGCGGUCACCAAGCUCCUAGAUGUUGAAGAGCACGUUUGGUCGCCCACGUAUGGUAUAAAGGGAAACAUUGAUGCCACGAUCGAGAUUGCUGCAAUGGACGGCAAUGACAAGCGGAGAUUGACGGUGCCAUUCGAGGUCAAGACGGGGAAACACCCCAGCCCGAACCACAUAGCCCAGACGGUGCUCUAUACGCUCCUCCUCUCAGACCGAUACGACAUCAACAUCGCCUAUGGAAUCCUCUACUAUAUGGAGUCCUCGAGAACGAUGCGAGUACCCGCCAUUCGCAACGAGUUGAGGCACAUGAUUAUGCAGCGCAACGAGCUUGCAUGCCACAUCCGAGAACGAAGCGUCCAUCUUCCCGCGAUGUUCAGGAACAAGCACGUGUGCGGCAAAUGCUAUGCAAAGAUAUCGUGCUUCACAUAUCACCGUCUAGCGGACGACGGCGACGGUGAGACGAGCGACAUGCAGGAAAAGUUCGAAGAGAUUGUCGGACACCUGACGCCUAAGCACCAGGAAUUUUUUGUCAAAUGGGAGAAUUUGCUCACCAAGGAGGAAAAGGACAGCCAAAAGACCAAGAGGGAGCUGUGGACAAUGACGAGCGCCGAGCGCGAGAAGAAGUCUCGUUGCUUUGCCGACGUCAUCAUCGAGGAGGGAUCGGCAUCCGAAGACACGGAGAACCCGCGCAUUAACCGCUUCAACUACACUUUUAUCAAGCACCACCACGCUUCGGGGUUCUCCUUUCUUGAGUCGGAGCUCACGGUGGGCGAUCCAAUUGUCGUGUCUGACGAGGAAGGUCACUUUGCGCUCGCCAUUGGCUAUGUCACGGCGGUGCGCAGGCAGAGAAUCAGCGUGGCUGUCGACAGACGCCUUCACAAUGCCCGAAUCCGUCAGCCUGGCUUCGACGAGGUGAACAACCAGACGUUUGCUAGCAUUAUGGAGGUUGCCCCGGAGGGCUCAACCUCGGACGCUUCCCGUGGCAAGAUCAAGCGGGAGCCCAUCCGAUACCGCCUUGACCAGGAUGAGUUCAGCAACAGCAUGGCCACGGUCAGAAACAACCUUGUGCAGAUUAUGUCAGACCAGGUCCCGCAGAUGACCAAGGUCCGCAACCUCGUUGUCGACCUCGCGCCUCCCCAGUUCAAGCCCGUCGCCACGCAGUACACGGUUUCGGACAAGGGUGAAAACCUCAAUGUGGACCAGAAGGGUGCCAUUGAGAAGGUCAUGAGCGCGCGUGACUACGCCCUAGUUCUCGGCAUGCCCGGCACCGGCAAGACGACUACGAUUGCCCACAUCAUCCGGGCGCUCACUCAACAGGGGAAGAGCGUGCUGCUCACAUCGCACACGCACACGGCCGUCGACAACAUUCUCCUCAAGCUCAAGUCGGACAACAUCCCGAUACUGAGACUGGGUGCCCCGGCCAAGAUCCACCCUGAGGUGCAGGACUUCGCUACCCUCGCCAGCCUUCCCAAAACGACGUUUGACGAAAUCAAGCAGGCGUGGCAUGGUACACCCAUCGUCGCAACAACAUGUCUGGGCAUCAACCACCGCAUCUUCCAAGAGCGGUCAUUUGAUUACUGCAUUGUCGACGAGGCCUCGCAGAUCACACUGCCCAUCUGCGUUGGCCCGAUCCUCAAGGCGAACACAUUUGUUCUGGUCGGAGACCACAACCAGCUACCGCCUGUGGUAAGGAACGAAGAGGCUCGAGAGGGCGGACUGGAUAUUUCCCUCUUCAAGCUUCUGUCGGACUCGCAUCCGGAGUCAGUCAUCAACCUGGAACACCAGUACCGCAUGUGCGAGGAUAUAAUGAUGCUGAGCAACACGCUCAUUUACGACGGAAAGCUGCGCUGCGGUACCGAAGCUCUACGACGUCACAAGCUGCACGUGCCGAGGAUGGAAGCGCUCAGGCUGCGACACCAUGACGUGGCGACUUUAGCGAGCCUCGGGCCAGAGAUAUACUCCAUCUGCGCUGGCCCUACGCCCUCAAGGUGCUGGCUGCGCGACCUGUUGGACAGCGAGGCCCGCGUGCGCUUCGUCAACACGGACACGCUGCAGCCGCAAGUGCGCGAGGAGGCGCACGGCAAGCGCAUCGUCAACCCGGCCGAGGUGCGAGUCGUGUCUCAGCUGGUCGAGAGCCUGCUAACGGUGGGCGUGCCGGACAAUGAGAUUGGCGUCAUGACACACUACCGCGCGCAGCUGUUCCUGCUCAAGGAGAGGCUCCGCGUCCACAGCGGCGUCGAGAUGCACACGACGGACCGCUUCCAGGGCCGCGACAAGGAGGUGAUUGUGCUGAGCCUGGUGCGCAGCAACGACGCCUGCAACAUUGGCGACCUGCUCCGCGACUGGCGUCGGAUCAACGUCGCGUUCACCCGUGCAAAGACGAAGCUCCUCGUCGUCGGCAGCCUCGACACCCUCAAGGGCAGCGGUCACGAGUCCAUGCUCUCUCGCUUCAUCUCCCUCAUGGAGGACCGCGACUGGAUCUACAACCUGCCCCCCGACGCCCUAGAAAGCCACUACUUCGAGGAGCCGGGAACGCAGAUCACGGCCACUGCGUCAUCGCCGCGUAGCAGCAGAAAGCCCAACAAGAAGAUGGGUGCAUCGCCUAAGAAGUCUCCAGUAAGAAGGGGAGAUUUGGCGACGGCCACCUCUCCCGGCAAGGAGAACAGACCACCUGGUCAGCAGCAGCCCAGGAGGGCUACAAUGGGAGAGCGCGUCCUACUCAAGGACAAGCUCAUUACGAGGGAUAUCCUCAAUGAAAUAACUAAUGGCGCAUAUUAG